AUGAAUGCCCUUGGAGGAACUGUGAAGGUGUCUGAGAAUAUAUAUCCAAGGAGCAUGAAGGCAGCACUCACCCCAGAAGGCACGACUGGUUUACAAGAGGGAGAGUUCAUGGGAGUGAAAUGCCCCUCGGAGGUGGGAUUCAGCUUGGGAUUUGGAGAAGAAAAAUCCUCCUGGAAAGAGGGUCCCUUAGAUAAUGAUACAUAUGAGCAAAGAAUGAAAUCAAUUGAAUCAAAAUCUCCAUCCAUUAAGAAGCUGGACUUGAGAUUGGAAGGGCAGACUACUUCUAGGUCCUUUACUGAGGGAGUUGAUUUAGGAACAACUAGGGUUUCAUCAUUAGGGCAAACCAAACCAGAUUCUCUAGGUAUGUUACCAGGAAGAAAGGAGUUAGAAAAGGAGUAUCUUCAGGCAGGGUAUUCUGGCAGGAUCAAACAGGUUCCCUUGAGCAGAAUGUGUAAAAGUGCACAGGCUCAAGGGAGUUGGGGAGAUCCAGGAUCUGGUGUCCCUGAAGCGUUUGGGAUUUCAGGGGGGAAGCAAACUGCUUUAGGUUUGGUGCCUAGGCAGGAGAUGGGAGAAGAAACCCCUUGUGUGGUGAGAAAGCCCACUGCUGAGGUGACACCUGCAGUGGAGGUAGACCUUAGUCUUCACCUACCAGAGAGGCCAGAUGAAACCAGACACAUGGAACCUCGAAUGACCUUGGUCACAGACCUUCAUGAAGACAAGUUUGCCCAGCAGCCUGAAGAGAAAAAUGAUGUUGCAAACAUUGAACCAGAAAGGGAGUCUCCAGAUCUCAUUAGACCCGUAUACUGUGGGAAAUUCUUUGAUCGGAUGCCUGGCUUGCCAAGUGCAGGAAAAGUACAUCCUAUUGGCUACAGAGCUGAAACCUGUUUGACUGAAAAACUUCCCAGGCUAGUUACUCCACCUGAAGUUAAAAAGUUUUUCAACUUCAGAUAUCCACCAACUGGAGCCAAAAGAGUAUUUUAUGGUGUAGCAAAUGAUCCUCAAGUUUCACCUCAUGUGACUCACGGAGUACUAACUAAGACUUCAAUACCGGCUGGGACAUUGUUGAAUCCACGACCUAUUACAAAAUUUCAACAAAAAAUAACAGAUAAAAAAGAAUCAAUAUAUUUUAGCAGUCAAUGGGCACCAUUAGGAAAAUCUCAUGAUCAAACGCCAGGAUUACCAAAAGGCCUGGAUAUAUUUAAUACUACAUUUGGGAAAGCAACUGUCAGAGAACAUUCUGCUAGAGAAGUGAUAAAUCCACAGAAAUCCUACGAAGAGGUACUUAAAGAAGGAAAUGAAGGACAUGAUUUGUACAUUGUUUCUCACAAUGAUUAUUAUGGAGGAGAAGCAAAGAACCGAAAAUAUAACCCAUCAAGUUUCCAUAAGUUAAAUAUGUAUGGAGUCACAACACCACAUUUUAAUGAUGGAAGAAAUAUGGAAAAACAUUUACAUUGGCUCCAUGAACUACAAAUGAAAAAGGGGGCUAAAAUCGUAUCCAAGAGAGUUGACGAUUUCAAAGAAAAGUUUCAGCAUAAACUUGGAAGAGUUUUAGACCCCAUUGCAGAGACAAUGAAGGUUUCUCCAGACCACACUUUUGGAGCGUGCGUCCAUCCUGAAGAUUAUGGAGUUGGUGAUAUUCUCCAUAACAGACUCCCUGGUGAAUAUCUUCAAGGCAAGGAUAGAGAGCGAGCUCUGAUUGCAGCAGUUCGACAUCGCUUUAAGAACUUUAACUACCAAAACUUUGACACUUUGCUGGCAGCCUUUAGAUACUAUGAUAAGAAUGCAGAUGGGAUAAUAGAUAAAGAAGAGCUUCGGCUAGCUUGUGAGCAGAUCGACUUGCAGUUGGAUGAGAAGCUCUUGGACCAACUCUUUGACUACUGUGAUGUGGAUCAUGAUGGGCAGAUCAGCUUCCUGGAGUUUGCAAAUUAUCUUGCCUGGAAAGAUAAAAUACCUCUUAAAGAAUAUGAAGAAAGGGUCAUUAUUAGAGGAAGAAAGCCAAAUUGUACAAACCAAAUUGAAGCUAAAGCUGAAGAAUCUGCACCAACUCUCCUGAUAAAACCUGAAGACGUUGUCUUAAAGGAACCAGGGAGUUCAGAAAAGAUUCUCCGGACACUUCUGAGGCCUAGUGACAAAGUUUCUAAUCACUAUAAAACAACUUCAUCUGAGAUUGGUGCAGUUGUAGGAGAUGGUCCUUCUAUUGGUUAUCCCAUCUAUGGUGUCCCAACCAUUCGGUCUGAUAUUCCUGUCCCUCAUAUUUAUAGCAUCAGUAGCAGAACAAAUUAUGGUGAAGAAGGAAAUGCCUACUCAUUACUAUACCCUAGCAUCUUUGGAAAUAAAGGAGUGUUUGAAAGAGACUUCUUAAAGACUAGAUCUAAAAAAGAGAUUUCAGAUAUAUUACAUAACAUUGGUCUCAAGCUUUCUGAUGAAGAAUUUGAAAAUGUUUGGAAUCUUGCAUCAAAAAAGCAUUGUAGAGGAGAAGUUUGUGUAGAGACCAUCAGAAAUAUUCUACAUGAAUUACAACAUGAACACAGAACCAAAUGUAAAACAACCAUGUGA